UGUUGUACGUACUGCAUUUUGUUUCCAGGAAGAAGAGACGAUGAAACUCAGGCAGAGGAGAGCUCAGGAAGAACAAUUAUGCCAAGAAGAUGAAGUUCUUGCUCUGCAAAUCAAGGAAGCUGAAAACCAAGUUUUGGAAAAGAGAAUGCAAGAUAUACAACUGAUGUGUGGAAAUGAUGAAGAAUUAGCACGUCAGAUUGCACGCCAGAUUGAGGAAGAAGAAAAGGCUAAGGCCAAGCCCUCUACAAAACUAGCAGCAACACCUGCUAAAGGUCCAAUGGACAUGUACAUUGGUCAGAAGACUCCAAGUUCCCAAGGUAAAUUGUUGUUGCCAGAUAUGAUGCCUCAUUCUUCGAAAAUGUCUCCUAAGAAGAACAAGUCUUCAAGACAUCCAGGUAAUUAUGCCACUGCUCCAACGCCCAUGCUUGAGGCCUUGAAUACACCUUCCUCUUCAUAUUCAUCUCAUAAUACAUACAGUAGCAGGAACAACUUUGGAUGUUUUCCCCGCAACAACUCUGCAAGUAGUAAUGACAGCAGUGACUUGAGACAUGGAAGGUCUCUAAGAGAGAUAACAUCAUCGCAGAGCUCAGAAUCUGAAGCUGAAGACCUGUUACACGCAACUAAGAUCAAGAAAAAGCCCCGUGCAGCAACAUCAGGGAAAGAGAAUGUCAUGGACUUGGAAAAUGAAGAUCCUCAUAAAUCAGAAAGACUCAAAUCAAGAUUGUGUAGUCCCAAAAGAAUGGAGAGACAUAAGAAAAUGUCCAAGACAUUUAAACUAGAUUGCAGUGAUACUGAAAUUGAAACCAAGAGUAGGAAAUGUCCAUCAGAUGAUGAAACCGACAUAGAUGAAGAGGAUCUUGACUUCGGAGUGGAGGAGAACUCUAAGAAAAUCAGGGAUGUACCCAGAAGAGAAGUAGGGGAUGAAGAGAGAUCCCAAGAUAUCAGGACGAUACUAGAAGAGAGUUUUGAAAUGGAAGACAAGAAGUCAGACGAAAAUGGGCUGUCUGUGGAUGGCAAUAAUGUUUCUUUGGAUUAUUCUGUGCUUUUAAAUGGUGAAGACUUCAGUGCUGAUAUUGAAAAGUUAAAAGAGGAACAGCUGAAAAUUGAAGAACGUUUGAAACAGGAAGAACAAGAUAGGUUAUUAGCAGAAUAUCUGCAGAAGCAGUUGAAUCAAAGUUCAUACCAGGUUGACAGAAGGCGUGGAUCAGAGGAUGAAUAUGCUCUGCGAAAGAGGAAGACUGUAACUGGAUCACAAAAGUCUACUAAGAAUAUAAAGUCACCUUCUCACAAAAGACAGACAACACUUAAAGAAGUAAUGGCCAAACGGCAGAAAAGAAGUUAGGGUCUUUGGGUGCUUGUAAAUUAUGUAGUUAAUUUUCAUAAGCUUAGUUUUAGGUUUUUUUGGCAAGUGUGACAAUGGCGUCAAAGUUUCUCGCUCUUUACAUUUAUAUGACUUGUAUAUACUGUAUCAUAAAUUUAUCCUUAUUUUUAAUAUACUUAUUUGCUUCAGGUAGUGUUUGAGAGUAUUGUUGUAAAUUAUUUUUCUGGGGUCGUUUAUUUAUUUUGUUGGCUUUAUUAAUUUUUAUGAUGUCAUAAAAACAAGAACAAAUGAUUUUGUGUUGAAAAUUUUUCAGUGUAUCAUCCGUAUUUGACCCAUAUUGACAAUUUCUAUCUGUUGACUCAUACUUACAAUUUCCAUCAACAUAAUAUUCCUUACUGUAUGCUCAAAGUGUAGCUACAACUAUCAUAUUGUUUUCAAGAAUUUUGUUAAAACUUGUGAUAUGUGAUGAAAUCCAACAGCUACAUGUCAAAUAUGUAAUGUCUUGUGAUAUGCCAGUGAAAAUUACCUUUGUUAUUUGUUUAUAGUAGACAUUUAUUGAAGAGAUUAGUUCA